GAAGAAACAAACCAAUGGGAUUGCAGAAGAUGCAGAGAAAGAUUCUGCAAGAAGAAGAGAAUAUUCUUGCGGAGGAGAUACAAAGACUCUUAGAAUCAGCGACGGAAUACGAUCGAAGGAAAUUUCAUGAACUGGAAACAGAAAACGCCGACGAAAUGGUUUGGCUAAUGAAGUGUCCACCAAGGGUCGAUAAGGCAUGGCGCGAUCUUUCUGCGUCUACUUCUUCGUUUUCUUCGGAUUUUGUUCUCUUGGCUAAGUAUAUGGACUCCGUUAAUCUCCUGCUUCCCGAUUGUUCGCCUGAGUUGACUAUGGAGAUGGUUAGUGUUGAGUUAUGCAACAUUUCGAAGCUCUAUUCUGUUAACAAAUCCAACGACCUUGUUCCAGCGAGUAUCUUCUCUGAAGCAGAUCAAGGUCUGGUCUUUUGGUUUAUGUUUUCAUAUACAAGCCUGAAUUUUGAUCACUUGACGAUGAUACUUCUUCUAAACAUGGUGUUAGGUAAAUUGGCUGUUGAGGGAACGAUUACACAGAAACUCGAUUUGACACCCCACUGUGACAUUGAACAAUACGGAAAGCUUAUUCAUGAGAGGAGCAGAAAACAGGUGGCUCAAAAUAGACAGAUUCAGGUUCUUGAUAACUACCGUGGAGAACGCUUGAUGCCCAACCCUAAUAUGGUAAGGAAGGAGCGUAAGCAACAUGUAAGGAGGACUAGAGGCAAUCGGAGUGAGGUGGAAGCAAAAAUGUUCGUACUAUUUGAAAGACAACCGAAAUGGACACUGAAACAGCUUCUACAAGAAACCAACCAACCAAAGGGAUUAUUGAAAGAAAUUCUCAAAGAGCUUUGUGUGUACACGAGGGGCCGCCAUACCUACGAGCUUAGACUGGAAUACAAGAGAGCUGGUUAAGAAGACACAACAGGUGCUCAGUAAAGAGGCAUCAUCAGAAGAUUUUGUGUAUAGAAAAUAGAGUUAGAGAAAAAUUUGUAAAAAUAGGAACUUUUCUUUUUCAGCAGGUAAAAAUUGGAACUUGGGUCUAUAAUGUGAAAAGGUAUCUUUCAGGAGGUGAUUUUCUGUAACAUACAUACACACUUCCAAACAAUUUCAUUACAAAAAUAGCAAUUUAUACAUUUUCAGAACUAACACACAUUAAGAAACAAUGAACUUAUCAAGAGAUCAAAGAAGUAAUCUUAACAUUA